AUGUCUUAUCUACCGACAGGAUGGACCCUGGAGCGACUUCAAACAGCAACAGUCAAUGAUCUACGCCAAAUACCAGAGGAUAAACUCCACGAGAUUGAUGAAGACCUAAUUCCAGUCGAAAAUGUUCCAGUUCGACAAGUCAUCGGCCGUGCAAUUGUUAACGAAGACCAACGGAAAAAACGCGUAGAGCGCGGCAUGCCACCCGCGCCCCGGGUGCCGCUUUUUGAAAACAAUGACGAUCCAGUAGUGGAGGUAGUAGAAAGAGGAGGGUUUGACGACUUUGGGUUUAUCGUGUUUCGGACAGAUUACUCCGACGAACAACGCUGGGAGCAGUGGCAUAAAGAGUUCCACCGCAUACUUGACGCCUCGAUGCAGCUCGCUAGCGGGGGAAAGAAAAUUGAAGAUAAAUGCUUCAUGCCAACCUACGAGGACGAAGACCUGGCUGGUGCGACCCAUAAUGAGAUCCUCCAGGCAUAUUACGGGUACCAAGAGACUGAAGGUAUCCUCCCGGGACUUGACAUUGGUAUGUGUCUGGUUGUCGAUUCAGCUGUUAUGGAUUCUUUAAAAACCGAUCAGCCGUGGAUUUAUGUAUUGGACGUAUCAUUCGAUCAUGAGAGUCAGCCUGCACGGGGAGAAUAUCCAGGCUACUUCCGAGUUGCCGUGCAGUCUGUCAUCACGGAGCUCUACCCGAUGCUCACGGCGAUGACACCGCCGGAACUUUGGCCUGAGGAUAACAGAAUAUGGGUGUCGGCCAUCGAAUAG